GUCUUUAUGGACAAGGUCCGUAGAUAAUUUUUCUCUUUGGAUAGUAUUUAGAAAAUUGUGGUCUUUGAUGUAGGUGUAUUUAUCUGUCAAAACAAUGGAACUUAAAAGAAUUUUAUGUUUCUUUUCCAGAUUAAUAACGAGUAAUUAUGUAAAAUGGAUACGUGGACAGAUCUGUGUCGUUGCUGCCUAUCCUCAAAUUGUACAGUUUCCUUACUUGACGCUGAUAAUAAUAAGCUGAAAUUUUUUGAAAUAACCACUAUAGAGGUAAAAAAUGAUGAUGGUCUACCACAUAUGCUAUGUACAGAUUGUUUUGCAAUAAUGAAUUCUGCUUAUCAAUUCAAAAAACAGUGUAUCAGAAUGGAUGCUGACUUAAAGGAACAACUCAACAUUUUAAUUAGUCAGUCUGAUGAAGCUAAACAACUUGUAGAUGAUGAUGAGGAAGAUAUAGCCAAUGAUCCGAUGAAACAAUUGGAAGCUAUCGUAAAAACCGAACCAGCAGAUAGUGAUGAUGAAUGUUAUUACGUUUUAGUGAUUGAUGACAAUGUAAAUAAUAAAGAAAUUUCCAAAGACAUCUCUAAAGACAAACCGAUCGAAGUGAAUUUAUCACAGGUGAAAGUGGAGAAUCCAGAACCUGUUGCAAAUAUAGAAAUCCCAGUGCCUACAAAAGAACCUAGCGAAGAAGUUCAUCAGAAGGAUAAUCGUCAUGAAUUUGAAAACAGAAUUGAGUCAUUUCUUGUUUCCAACUCAACAAAAGUACCAGUCAAUGUACCAGCAACAAUAUUAGAGAACGAAGAAGAAAGCCAAGAGGAUGAUAGUGAAAACUUUAAUAUGAUGGAUGUUGACACACAGGAUAGCAACUCUCAAGAACAGACUAUACAUGAAGUAGAAGAAUAUCAAGGAAAUCCUAAUGCCAUCGAACAAUAUCCUGACCAAACCAAUAGUACCAAAAAUCUGAUAAAAAUAUUAACAGCAACCACAAGCGAUGGUACAAUCCUUUUAAAAGAUGCAGAUGGUAUUGAAUAUGUGGCUGAUACACAGAUGAUUGCAAAUGUUGAUGGGAAACAGCUUGACCAAGAACAGGUAAUCUUGUAUGAGGGAGACAAUCCAUCACCAUUCGAAAUACUAAAAGUGAUAGAGUAUGCUGACGAAGGUCAAAUAGCUACUGUAGUACAAAGAGAUGAUGGUACAUUUUUAUGUGACUGUGGUGAAGAGUUUGAAGAUUUAUCAGAAUUUGAAAAACACCAAUUCAAUCAUAACCCUGCUGGAGAUCAUUUAUGCAAUUUAUGUGGAAAAGGAUUUGAAACGGCUGAGAUAUUAGCAGGUCACUCAAUCCUUCACAAUGUGACAGGUUUAUUAGUUGCAUGUCCAUUCUGUAAUCAAGUUUUCAGAAGGAAUACACUCACUCAACAUAUUAAACAUGUCCACAAUCAUAUCAAACCUCGCUGUGAUGUUUGCGCAAAGACAUUUGCCAAUCCUAAUAACCUAAAGAGACAUAUGAUGAUACACAGUGGAAUUCGUGAGUUUGAGUGUGACUUAUGUUUUAAAAGGUUCCAUCAGAAAAUUACCAUGCAGACUCACAGAUUAACACAUGUAAAUCCAUAUUCAUGUAAUCAAUGUGAUGAGGUUUUUGAAGAUAAAGAGACAUUAGCAUCUCAUAAAGAAAGCGGAAAUUGUAGCAAGUCAAAAGUCCUUAAAGUUAAAAAGGAACUGAUGAAGACUGUCAAACAGGAAAUCAUCACCACUGUUGGAAAACUUCUUGGAUAUGCAUGCUCACUUUGCAAAAAAAUGUUUUCCUUAGAAUCUGCAUUGGAGCAACAUGUGGAACAAAAUCAUAUGCUAGACCCUGCUGAGUUAAUAUGUCCUGAAUGCGGAGAAGUAUUACCUUCGAAGAAAGCUAUGCAAUCCCACAUAGCUACUCAUAAGAGUGUAAGAUCGAAGCAAAUUAAGAGGUUUGAAUGUGGCAUGUGUGGCAAAAGGUGUUCUAGUCAAGCUAUGUUAAUAAUGCACGAAAGAGUGCAUACUAAUGAGCGACCGUUCCCAUGUCAGUUAUGCCAUCUUCGAUUCAAGACCAAGACACACUUGCGUACACAUCAGCUCACUCAUACAAGGGAAAAGAAGUUUGGGUGUAGUGUUUGUAUGAAAUUCUUUGCCUUGAAAGGCAAUUUAGUGGUACAUUUGAGAACCCACACUGGAGAAAGACCGUAUGUCUGCUCAAUUUGUGAAGAAGCUUUCAUUGAUUCGAAGUAUUUGAAAAAGCACAAACUAAAGAAACAUUCCAUUGAAAAUGUUCCUUGGAAUAAAUAUACAGAGUAAGUAGGGUGGGGUCCUCAUAGCAUGUUUAUAAUGUCCAUUAAUUUUUUUUUAGAAUAGAAUAUUUUAGUUUUGUUUGUUUGUAUUUAGAAGUGGAUGAUUAUGGUACUUUUAUUGGUUUUAUUGCCUUUUGAUGGUAAUCUGAUCAAAAACUGAUUUUGCAGAAAACCCCCUUACAAUUUUUUCAUUUUUGUAAAUAUGUAUGUAAAAAUGAUUUAAGCAUAAUAACAUCAAAACUAAGAAAUGGUAGUGCAAACAUAAAUUGAUUUGUAAAUAUUUUUUCAAAAGUAAACCAUGUUCAGGAAGUUUCAUGUUAAAUGUAGCUUUUCAGUACCUGAACAAUAUAUACUCUUAUGUUUAACAUAAUAUGACUUAUCCAUUAGCAUACUCCACAGCUUAUUUUAAUAUUUUCCGGCUUACAUACAGCCAGUAUGUAAAAACAUUAAAAGUAUGUAUUAGCAAAGUUCUUACAAUUGUUUUAUUGAAUUGUUUUUUAGUAAAC